UGUGUGUUCAUAAAAUAAUAGUCACAAUAAAUUCGUUUUGUUCAUGUAAUUGUUUUCUAUGACCUAUAGCCACAGCAGGAAUUUUCGUAUCUCAGAGGAAACUUCGGCAAAUAGAGGACCCAGUCCAAAGAUUGGUUGGACUACUGCAUAAAAUGAUUUAUAUUUGUCAGCUUCCUCCUGCCCCACAAUACAACCACAGAAGGCGAACUAUUGAAAGGUUCAAAAAAUCGUUAUUCCAUCACGGAAGCGAUCCAUAUAACCUUAAAGUGGAGUUAAACAAGGUUCUUCAAGGAAGCACAGACCUGGUGGAGUCAGUGUCUCCCAGCAGAGACUGGUGGUCCCUGGUCCAGUCUUUAGGAGGGGAACCUUUCAGCGCUGAAACACGAGGUGAGAGCGGUUAUGCAAGUCCACAAGAUGGUAUCACAUAUGAACACCUGCAAACGCUGAUCGAGGAGGAGCUAGAGGAAAAUGGCUACUAUAACACAACAGCAUCCAGUAAGGAUCAGGGGGCAAGGAGUGGAAACCAGAGAACCUCAUCUCCGCGCAUUCUUGUAUGCUCCGAAGCCUGUCACAACAAGACCACGUGAUGGACCAGUCAAACCCCUGCUGUGAAGAAGAAGGCAGGAUCAUCUUAGUGUGUGCAGUGCACCUUAUGAAGUGUUUACAUGUAUAGAAGGAGGUGUGGAACUGACAUACUGAUUAUAUAUUAAGUCACACCUACAGCUCAACUUCCUAGUAUCACCACAUUGUUGGCCAGAGAAGCCUAGAUGAAACCCUUACGUAGAUGUGCAAUUAUUAGACGUACGUGCCAGUUUACCCUUAAAUAAUUGUAAACUGAGUUGAACUCACUGUGCAACAGACAAGGGGGUACAUUUACUGCAGAAAAGGGGGUAAUCUACUGCAGAAAAGGUUUUGCUGUGUACCUGAUAUUUAAUCUUUUGGAUUCCAUAGCCCGCCCAUUGUCUGACUUCCAGAUGAAUGGGAAGUUAGUUCUACUGGGUGUUCAGUUUUACGCUGCGUUUCCUUUAGAAACACCUCAGCAACAUCAGCCUAUCUUCAUUAUGAAUGCGUCUGUGUAUUUCUAGGGCUGUUGAAUUCAUUCUGUAGUCUAAGCUUUUCUGUGGUGAUGAACUAGAGCAGGAAGGGCGGCCUUUGCCCUGUGACACAAAUCUAGUAUUUUAAGAUUCCUGCAGUUGUCUUACUGUAGUAGCCUAUAGUUAAUGAUUCUGCUCAUCCACUUGUAAAAUUCCCUCAAAUGGUUAUGUACAUAUUUACAAUUGAGUGUCUUCAUAGUUCUACAAGUCUUGUAUUUAUUUAUUUUAAAUCUCAGGGUGACUGAUGCACUUUUACUAUUCUGACAUUCUGUUAUCUUGUUGUCAGAUGGGUUUGGAAUGUAUCACAAACUGCACUUUGCAUGAACUUAUUGCAUCAUAUUAAAUAGCACAAUACAAUAGUCUAGCCACCUUGUCUUUCUCUUGUCCUUGAAAUAGUAUGAAUCCGUACAGAGUGAACAGCCCCAUCUGGUGGACAAAGAUGCACAAUACCGUUCUAUAUUGGGGAACUGGCUAUUUGCCAAUUUUUUAAAUCCAAUGUGAUGAAAGCAC